CGCUAGCGCGGGUGGCCCGGGACACGCGAGUGACUCGCACGUGUGUGGGGACCAGCGAAGGGCCCCGAGUAGUCGCCCGCCGAACGUUCCGAGAACCCCGAUUGUCGUUCGGGCGCUCGGGGAAGGCGGGUUCUCCGCGCCCUGAAGCUGUCGCGGGUGUUGCAGGAUGUUGUGCCAAAACAACUACUGCGCCACUGGAUCGAGUAAAGAUUUUGCUGCAAGCUCAUAACCACCAUUACAGACAUCUAGGAGUGUUUUCUACAUUGUGUGCUGUCCCCAAAAAGGAAGGUUACCUUGGGCUGUAUAAAGGAAACGGGGCAAUGAUGAUUAGAAUCUUUCCAUAUGGCGCAAUUCAGUUUAUGGCAUUUGAUCAAUAUAAAAAGGUAAUAAAGAAGCAACUUGGGAUUUCAGGGCAUGUGCAUCGAUUAAUGGCUGGAUCCAUGGCAGGUAUUACAGCAGUGAUUUGUACUUACCCUCUUGAUAUGGUUAGAGUUCGUCUGGCGUUCCAAGUAAAAGGGGAACACAAGUACAUGGGAAUUAUCCAUGCAUUCAAGAUGAUUUACACAAAGGAAGGUGGUUUUAGUGGGUUCUACAGAGGGCUGAUGCCAACUGUUGUAGGAAUGGCACCGUAUGCGGGUUUUUCAUUUUUUACCUUUGGUACCUUAAAGAGCAUUGGACUUGCUCAAGCACCUAACUUGCUUGGACGGCCUUCAUUAGAUAAUCCCGAUGUCUUAGUUUUGAAAACUCAUGUAAAUCUGCUGUGUGGUGGCAUAGCUGGAGCAAUAGCUCAGACGAUAUCAUAUCCCCUUGAUGUGACUCGUAGGCGAAUGCAGUUAGGAGCGGUUCUCCCAGACUCUGAAAAGUGCCUUACAAUGGUGCAGACACUGAAAUACGUGUAUCAACAACAUGGAAUACGAAGAGGAUUGUACCGUGGUUUAUCUCUAAAUUAUAUUCGUUGUAUUCCUUCCCAGGCUGUGGCUUUUACCACAUAUGAACUUAUGAAACAAGUCUUGCACCUCAACUAAUUUUUUUUUUCCUUUAAAAGACUUUCUUGUAAAACUACACUAUCAGUCCUCAAAUUAUAUUGGUGCGUAAAUUACUUGAAGUUUAAAAAAAUCCUAUCUAUUACUGUGGAACUGCUGUUGUCUGACAUUUUUAUUUGCCAAAGUGUGGCUAAUCUCCUGGAGUCAAACCAGGAGACAGAUCAAAAUACACAUUAGGUAGCUAUAAACAUUUUUUUGCACUUGAUCUUCUAGGCUUCAUUAGAUUAAUGUUAAGAAUUACACAGUCUUAAAAUUACACCCACAUUUUGUACGGGUUUCAAGCUGUUAGUUGUUUAGCUUUAUCACCAUUCCAGGUGUUAGACACAUGGUUGUAUUGCUUUUUAAGCUAGUAGUUAGACAGCUGUUCUUCUUUAA